AUGUCGCAGAGGAAAAGGCCGUCCCAGGCCACCGACGGCGGUGGAUUCACAAGCGACGAAGAUGCUAUCGACGCAAUAUCGCCCAAGCGCAUGCGUCUGAAUCGCACUAGCAUUCUCAGCAAUCGCGAUGAUGUUCCGGAACAAUCGCAGUCUCGAUCACCAGACGCAAGGAGUGCACGCAGGUCGCAGGCAACAGCACCACCGGAAGAGGAUGACGGCAUAGUGACGCCGGACGAGCGCGAGGAGGAUCACGAAGAAGAGGAAGCGUCGGAGGAGGAAGGCACCGAUGAAGAAGAAGAAGACGAGAUCGACUCGCAAGCCGAAGAGGACGCACGCAGAGCUGAAGCUGGUCAAGGAACAGCACAGUCUGGCAUCGUCGACAAGAUCGAGCUGCGCAACUUCAUGUGCCACGCCAACUUCACCAUCGAAUUCGGGCCCAAGCUCAAUUUCGUCAUGGGUCGCAACGGCAGUGGCAAGAGUACCAUCCUCACCGCUCUCAUGAUCGCGCUCGGAGGCAAGACCAGUUCCACCAACCGCGGUUCUAGCCUCAAGGACCUCGUCAAGAAAGGCGAGACCUCCGCCACCAUCACCGUCACGGUGCACAACGGGGGCAGCGAUGCAUUCAAGCCCGAAGCGUAUGGACACUCAAUUAUCAUUGAACGUCGCAUCCUUGCGGAGGGCGGCGGUACCUGGAAGAUGAAGUCCGCCAACGGCAGGGUGGUGGCAACCACAAAAUCGGAGCUCGAGUCCUUCUGCGACUUUGCCAACAUCCAACCCGACAACCCGAUCCACAUUCUCACUCAGGACACCGCUCGUCAAUUCCUCGGUAGCUCCGACCCCUCCGAGAUCUACAAGUUCUUCCUCGAAGGCACACAACUCAGUCAGCUUGUGCGUGAGUACAAUCUCAUCGAGACGCACGUUCGCAGCAUGAAGUCAGCGCUUGCACUCAAGUCGGGGGCCCUCGAGCAGCUCGAGACUCUGGCGGAGCACGCAUUGCAACAAUGGAAGAAGGUGCGCGAGACACGUGGCUACCAGGAAAAGAUUGAUGCUUUAAACCGAGAAUUCGUCUGGGUGCAAGUCAACGAUGCCGAGAACGAGCUGCAACAGGCCGUCGAAAAGACCGAGCGGAUCCGCGCCAAGCUCGUCAAAUGCGAUGCAAGUCUCAACAAGACCCUCGAAGCGCUCAAGAAAUGCGAAGAGCGCAUCGUCGAGCUCGAAAAGGAGAACACCAACUUCGACGAAGUGUUCUCGCCCAUUCAGGAGCAGCAUGAAGAGCUCGUGCGCAAAGACAAAGAUCUCGCUCAGCAAAUCAAGGCGUUCACCAGGCAGGAGCGCGAGAUCAACGACAAGAUCAUCGAUGUCAACAGGGACAUCGAGAGAUACGAGGACCAGAUUCGCGAAGAGACCGCCAAGCUCGCCCAGGACGGUCAAACACAUCGACAGCAACUCGAUGAAGAACGCCAAUCGGCGCAAAGGCAACGUCAAGAGCUGCAAGACGAAACGCUCGAAAAGGAAGAGCAGCAGCGCGAGCUCGAGACUCAGAUAGCGGAGGCCACACAGCGCGAAGAGGACGAAGGCCAGAAUCUGCGCCGCUUGAAGGACGAGUACUCGACGAAGAGCUCCCAGCUUGUUCAAUUGCGCGAGAGCAGCAGGAACAGGCUCACCGCGUACGGCGGAGCGAAAGUGCCUGCACUACUGCAAGCCAUCAAUAGCGACAAUGGCUGGAGGUCAAAGCCCAUCGGUCCGCUCGGCACUCACGUCAAGCUCAAGGACAUGCGCUGGCAGAGGAUCCUCGAAACCGUGAUGGGCAACACCCUCAACGCCUAUUUCGUUUCCAAUCAUGCAGACCGUGUACGUUUGAAGAAGAUCAUGGAUCGAGUCGGCAUCCACCAGCCCAUCGUCAUUGGUACCGACGCUCUGUUCGACUACUCUUCGGGAGAGCCCAACCGCGACAUCACCACCAUCCUGCGAGUCCUUGACUGCGAUGACGAGAUUGUCAAACGUCAGCUCAUCAUGUCGGUUCACAUCGAACGCGCGGCCCUGGUCGACAGACGUGCCGACGGCGACAGGCUGAUGCGAACGCAGCCCUACAAUGUUCAGGCAUGCUUCUCCGCCGACAUGUUCAGCAUCAGCAGCGGGGCCACCGGCUCGCUCUCUACCGCCUUGCAGGACCACCGCGGCCCUCCACGUCUCUCACAGAACGUCGGCGACGCUAUCCGCAAAUUCGAGCACGAAGUGCAGCAGCUCGACCAUGAAAUCGCCGAAUGUACCCAGCGCCUGCGUGACGCCAAGCAAGAAAGGGUUCGCCUGGAGCGUGCAAAGGACACCGGCAAGCGUGAUCUCAACAACCUGCGAAGACGGAAGGACGAUCUCCGUCAGCAGAUCAGCCGGAUCGAUGAGCAGAUGCAAGAAGCUGCGCCAGGCAACAUCUCCGCACUCGAAGAUGCCAAACUCGAGGUGGAGACGAACAAGGAGGUCAUUCUGCAGCAGUUCCAAGACAUCCAACGUCAGAAGACCGCCAUCGUAGAGAGGCAGAAGCCGUCGCAGGAAGAAAUGAAGGCGCUGGAAGAGCGCAGGCGUCAGUUCGAAGAGAGGAUGGGCGGGAUCCACACCUAUCUGGUAGCGGCCGUCGCUGAACGAGUCGAGCAGAUCAACAACCGCGACCACUGGCAGAGAAAGCGCGCGAGUAUCGAAGCGGACGUCAAGGAGAGCGAGGCGGAGGAGACCAGGCUCGAAGCGGACCAUCAGCAUCUGGAGUCAGAGGCGCUCAAGUAUUGCGACCGGGUCGACACCACGCGCACGCCGAAGCAGAUCCAGAGGGAGAUCAACGAGCUGGAGCUUCUCAUGAAGAAAGCGGCCCGGGAGGCCGGGAUCACUCUGGAUCAAGCGGCGUCAGAGCUACAGAAGCGCAAGGAUGCGCUCACAGAAGCCCAGGAAGAAGUGCACAACAUGAACGAGGCCGAACGACGACUUCGCAGUUCGCUCGCGGUGCGCUAUGCCAAGUGGAACUUCUUCCGUCGCUCGAUCGCUUUGCGGGCCAAGAGCAACUUUGCACGCAACCUCGCGACCCGUGGCUACGAGGGCACGCUCAAGUUCAACCACAAGCUCGAGAAGCUUUCGCUCGCCGUCGAUACACAGGCGCAGGACCAGUCGGCGCGGGCCACGCAGACGCAGACCCAGGGCAAGGCGCAACAGCACUCGAACAAGGGCAUGUCUGGAGGCGAGCGUAGUUUCGCCACCGCCUGCCUGCUGUUGUCGCUCUGGCAGGCCAUGAGCUCGCCCAUCCGAUGUCUCGACGAGUUUGACAUCUUUAUGGACCAGGUCAACAGGAGGGUGGCGUUGUCCAUGAUUGUCAACGAGGCGAGAGCGACGCCGCACGUGCAGUACAUUAUGAUCACGCCGCAGGACAUGCCGGAUAUGAAGGGCGAGCUGGACGAUGUUCGAAUGCUGGUGGUGAAUCCGCCAGAGAGGAAUGAGGGCGCUCUGGCAGGCAAUUAG